GAGUCAUGUUUGGGUGCAACUUUUACCGAUAAGCUAAUUGUCACAUUGCAAAUAAAAGCAAAAGAACGAAACCACUACAGCGGUUUGAAUUUAUUCCAUACGAUCUGUGAUAUUCAAAAGGCGGUUCACCAGAACAUUGAGAAGAUUUCUUUAAAACAGCCAUGCCUGUGACCUCCCAUAUAUUUACUACAGCUAUUCGCAAUGGUGAAAUCAGAAAGUUAGGCACCUCCACCUUCCAGAGCCACAAUCGGAAUCUAUGUUGGUCUUUGCCACUGCACUCCCCAAAAACAUUACAUGCACUGCUGAAAACAGCUAGCUCCACGACAUUGGGGUCAGGCAGCUCAAUAAAGGAAAACCCUCCAUGGUAUAUCAAGAAGCAGAGCUACAGAACUGCUUCCCAGCAGUACUACAAUCUGACUCCCCCUCAAGUCAACAGCAUCUUAAAAGCAAAUGAAUACUGCUUUAAAGUCCCAGAGUUUGAUGGGAAGAAUGUGAGCUCAGUUCUGGGCUUUGAUAGCAGCCAGCUGCCAGCCAAUGUGCCCAUAGAAGACAGGAGGAGUGUUGCCACCUGCCUGCAGACAAGAGGAAUGCUGUUUGGGGUGUUCGAUGGACAUGCCGGAUGUGCCUGUGCCCAGGCAGUGAGCGAAAGGCUUUUCUAUUACAUUGCAGUCUCUUUGCUGCCACACAAGACAUUGCUGGAGGUAGAAAAUGCAGUGGAAAAUGGACGUGCCUUAUUGCCCAUCCUGCAGUGGCACAAGCACCCCAAUGAUUAUUUCAGUAAGCAAGCUUCCAAGUUGUACUUCAACAGUCUGAGAACUUACUGGCAGGAGCUCAUUGACCUGAAUACUGAAGUGCACCAAGAUACUCAAGAGGCUUUCAUUAAUGCCUUCAAGAGGCUCGAUAACGAUAUUUCCCUGGAAGCUCAAGUCGGAAAUCCCAACUAUUUCCUUAACUACUUGAUGCUUCGAGUAGCAUUCUCUGGAGCCACUGCCUGCAUUGCCCAUAUAAACGGUGCAGAUAUACAAGUUGCAAACACUGGAGAUAGCAGAGCGGUGCUUGGGGUGCAGGAGGAAGACGGAUCUUGGACUGCAGUUACCUUAUCGAAUGAUCACAAUGCACAGAAUGAAGAUGAAAUCAAACGCAUUAGAUCCCAGCAUCCAAAGAAUGAGGAAAAGACUGUUGUCAAACAGGAUAGGUUGCUAGGCCUGCUAAUGCCAUUCAGGGCAUUCGGAGAUGUGAAGUUCAAGUGGAGCAUCGAGCUUCAGAAGAUGGUGCUGGAAUCUGGGCCUGAUCAGUUGAAUGAAAAUGAGCACACAAAGUUUACCCCACCAGACUACCAUACUCCCCCUUAUCUCACAGCCAAGCCAGAAGUCAUUCACCAUAGCUUAAGACCCCAGGACAAAUUCCUUGUGCUGGGCACUGAUGGACUGUGGGAGACCAUGCACAGGCAAGAAGUGGUGACAGUUCUUGGAGAAUAUCUAACAGGUGUCCACCUCCAGCAACCCAUAUCUGUAGGAGGGUACAAGGUGACCCUAGGUCAAAUGCAGGGCUUGCUAAUGGAGCGAAAAGCAAGAAUUUCUUCUGUCUUUGAGGAUCAGAACGCUGCAACCCAUCUGAUCAGGCAUGCAGUGGGCAAAAAUGAGUUUGGAGUGGUGGACCACGAACGACUUUGCAAAAUGCUGAGCCUGCCUGAGGAGCUUGCUCGAAUGUAUAGGGACGACAUCACCAUUAUCGUAGUGCAGUUUAAUUCUCAUGUCAUUAGUGCACAGAGCAAGCCAGGAGGAGGGGAGUGAACCUAGAGAUCUGAUUGUUCAGAUUUUUUUGCACAACUAGCGUGAAUGUGUCUGGAUUUACAACACACAUUCACUGCCUGGUCCUAACACAGCUGAAUGGAGUGGCUGCUGUUGAAACUCAGUAAUGGGUCAAUGUCCAAAAUGCUCAUUGUUUUGGGUAAUUUUUCCUGGGACAGCUGUUGCAGUAGUACCAGUGCAAUAGCAGAAGCAAGUACAGUCAGCGCUCAGAUGUACGUUACCAGAUACGUAAAUUGUGUCUUAUCGUCACCAGUUUCCAUAAAGCUCUUUAAUCUUAAACUAUUGAUUUGGUUAUCUUUUUUUUUUUUUUUCUCCACCUGCACAAUUCUGUCCCCUGUAAUGCACAAUUUAGUAAUUUAGACAACUAAAAUGUGAACGAGAAUUGCAAUUCCAGCUAAUGUAAAACACAUGAGAUUUGUCUUUUCCAUGACAAAAAUAAGAAAGAUCUUCACACCCCGACACCCAACAAAGAGUAGAGAACCACAGCAGAAGUAAUACAAGCAUGCACUUUUUAAUUAGUUUACAGGAGUAAGGGCUUAAAACAGGACAAUCAGUAAUGACGUAAUCACAAAAGCAAAAUCAGAAAACUUGAACAAAAAAAAUUAAACAGUCACUGUAAACAGUGUUUAUCCUUAAAAUGUUUGUUGUUGUACAAUUGCAUAUUUAAAUUAGGCUUUCAAUGUGUGGACUGGUCAUCAUGUGGUGUUAUUAGUGGAACAGCAUUCAGGAGGUCUGUUUUAUGAAGUAGACUCCCACACCAUGUCAGUGUAGUCAAAACUGUAUUUUAGUUUUGUUAGUUUGGUGGCUUGAUUCCUGUUCCUAUUUUAACACUCUUAUUUUCCACAAUACACAACAGUAUAAAUCUGUCAAUUUUUAAGCCUUUCUGUUCUGUAAAUUAAAAUAAAUGCCAUUUAUAAGAAGAUCCUACACUGACUGGCUUUUGUACCUGACAAUGUGUUGCUCAAGUGGAAACUGGUUUCUUGUCAAUUGCUGGAGGUUUCUGAGAUUUGGUCCACUGCAGCACACCUGUUUAUCACAUUGCAUUGCAAAGGUUUUCUGUCUGGAUUCACCAUGAUCAGGGUUGUGCUUUCUGGUGGGUUUUUUUUUUUUCUACAUCUGCUGCUUUGAGGUGUGGCUGCACAGGUAUCCAUCAUUAUGUCCCAGCAUACACUUAAAACAAGGAGACGUUCUUGUUUUACUUACAUUUCGGUUUUAUUUUGUCCAAUCAUUGUAUAAAGAAUCAAAGUUUCUCAUUAAUCCGAUUUACUCAAUUAUGUACUUUGAUUAAAUCUUACUUUCACAUUCUUGCUUUGUUCACUGUACAGCAAUGGGGUUAUCUCUUUGGGGAGAAAUAGUACCUGUGGCUGCCUUAUACAAGCUGUGUUGUCUGAAUUGAUACCUGUUUUAUA